AUGCCUCCGAAAUCUUCUCCUCCCGAUCCUGCCCCCUUUCCUCUUGCUCCCAAAGUAGAUCCAUGGAUACAAGCGAACCUUGUCGAAAACAUCUUCGAUGGCAACCUGACUCUCUUGCAAAAGGCUGUGAGCGCAGCAACUGCUCACGAUAUUCCUCAAUUGAGAGAUUGGGGCAUCACAGACGCUGACACCUUCCUCCGCUUCCUCAGCGCCAUGCUGAAUUGGGUGCCCUCGGAAAUCUGCAGCGGGAAGCUCAUUUACAAUACAUUCUGCGUGCUCUACUUUGUCCUCGACCAGAACCCCAUCAACAUCCCCCCGUACUCGACACCCAUCACCCCGAACGCUGUCGGCCAGGCUCCUCUACCACUGAGCCAAUGGACAAUCGACUUCGCCAACAAGGUUGGUAGCUGGAUGGACACCAGCAGCUCGAUCAACGCCGCAGCAAUUCAGUCUUUCCAAGACUCUCCCCGUUACAACUACGACGAGGCAAUCGUGCCGUCCGGGGGUUGGAAGAGUUUCAACCAGCUCUUUGCUCGUUUCCUGAAGCCUGGCAUGCGGCCUAUCAGCGCAGGUAAACCCGAUGAGGCGGACUAUCAUCGUCUCGUAGUCUACCCCGCCGAUUGCACUUUUGACGGUGCAUGGCCCGUCAAUCAGAACAACGACAUGAUGAUCAAAGACGUCCCUUGGAACAUCAAAGACCUCCUGGCCGGCAGUCAGUACGCCGACAAAUUCGAGGGCGGCACCUUUAUGCAUGCAUACCUCAACACCUAUGACUACCAUCGCCAACAUGCACCUGUGGCCGGGACUGUCGUUGAGGCCAACGUCAUCAAGGGCCUAGCAUACUUGCAGGUCAUUAUCGACCCCGAAACCGGCAAGCUGAAGCCACAUCGCAGCUAUACUUCACCAGAUGCUCAAGCAGGAGAGAAGGGGGGCAAUGGAGAGAACAGCACUCUCAGCAUGCCCGACGAGGCUGGAUACCAGUUCCUCCAAGCUCGUGGUUGUGUCAUCAUCAAGAACCCUCUUCUCGGCUACGUCGCUGUGCUGCCCAUCGGUAUGGCCCAAGUUUCUUCAGUCAAUCUUGUGUGGCAGCCCGGGCCGGGCGAGCAGUACCCGAUUCAGCCGAAUGUGAACGUCAAGAAGGGCCAGGAGAUAUCCCACUUUGAGUUUGGAGGCUCCGACAUCAUACUGGUAUUCCAACAGGAUGCCCAGGUGCACAUUCUAGGUGCCCGAGGUCAAGCUGCGGAUAGCACACCCACGAGUAAGCAGAAGUACCUGGUUGGCAUGCCCUUGGGUUACUCUACAAAGGGCCUGGUUUCCCCUUCGAAUGGUCACAGAAACGGAGCUACUAAUGGGCAUUAA